GCACCGCCGCCGGCGGGGAGGAAGGCCCACGGUCGGGGAGGUGUCGCCUCAGCCCGCGCUGAGCAGCCAUGGAGAGGAUGCAGCAGGUCGUUGGGCAGGCGAGAGCCGCCUUCAACUCGGGCCGGUGCCGCUCGCUGGAGUUCAGGAUGCAGCAGCUGAAGGCCCUGGAGCGGAUGGUGCAGGAGAAGGAGGAGGAGAUCCUGGCAGCCAUCAAGGCGGAUCUGCACAAGAGUGGGCCCAACGCGUACAGCCAUGAGAUCCUGGGCGUGCUGGGGGAGCUGGCCCUGGCCAUGGACAAGCUGCCGUCGUGGGCAGCCCCUCAGCCUGUGAAGAGGAACCUGCUGACGAUGCGGGACGAGGCCUACAUCUGCCCCGAGCUGCUGGGGGUGGUGCUGAUCAUCGGGGCCUGGAACUACCCCUUUGUGCUGGUCAUGCAGCCUUUGAUCGGGGCCAUCGCCGCAGGCAAUGCUGUGGUGGUGAAGCCGUCAGAGAUCAGCGAGAACAUGGCUCAGCUGAUGGCUGAUCUCCUCCCCCAGUACCUUGACCGGGAGCUGUACCCCGUGGUCACUGGAGGAGUACCUGAGACGACAGCGCUGCUGACCCAGAGAUUCGAUCACAUCCUCUACACCGGCAACUCCACAGUGGGCAAAAUCGUGAUGGCAGCGGCCGCCAAGCACCUGACGCCCGUCACCCUGGAGCUGGGCGGGAAGAGCCCCUGCUACAUCGACAAGGACUGUGACCUGGCCGUCGCCUGCAGGCGGAUAACGUGGGGGAAGUACAUGAACUGUGGGCAAACCUGCAUCGCCCCAGACUACAUCCUCUGCGAGCCGUCCAUCCAGAGCGAGGUGGUGGAGAAUAUCAAGGCGACUCUGCAGGAAUUCUACGGGGAAGAGGUGAAGUCGUCUCCGGAUUACGAAAGGAUCAUCAACAAGCACCACUUCAAGAGGAUCGUGGGCUUGCUGGAAGGGCAGAAGAUCGCUCACGGGGGAGAGGCUGAUGAGGCCUCCUGCUUCAUAGCACCGACUAUCCUCACUGACGUUUCUCCGGAGUCGAAGGUGAUGGAGGAGGAAAUCUUUGGACCGGUCCUCCCCAUUCUGACCGUGAGGAGCAUAGACGAAGCCAUUGAGUUCAUCAACCGUCGGGAGAAGCCCCUUGCCCUGUAUGUUUUCUCCAACAACAAGAAGCUGAUCAGACGGGUGAUAUCGGAGACCUCCAGCGGCGGUGUGACAGCCAAUGAUGUCUUCAUGCACUCUGUGGUGCCGGAUCUGCCCUUCGGCGGCGUGGGUAACAGCGGGAUGGGCGCCUACCACGGCAAGCACAGCUUUGAGACCUUCUCCCACCGCCGCGCCUGCUUGAUCAAGGACCUGAAGAUGGAGGGUACGAACAAACUGCGGUACCCACCUGGCAGCCAGAAGAAGGUGGAUUGGGCCAAGUUCUUCCUCCUGAAGCGGUCUAACAAGGGCCGAAUUGGAGUGGUCAUCUUGGCCCUGCUGGGGAUUGUGGCAGCGGUGGUGAUAAAGGCAGCCAAUGCACUGAAGAGGUAGAAGCAAAUGAAACGUACCUAAAG